ACUCGCCUAAGAUUUUCAGGUGAUCUUCAUUCGCAUCUCUGCUCUCUCUCUCUCUCUCUCGAUCGAAUUUCUCGAACUUUUACGAGUGCCCAUACCUGAACAAGAAAAUUAAUCAUUUUGGAUGAAUUACAGUUUGUAACAAAUCUGAAGCUCAAAAUUGCACCAAGCUGCGAUUUUAUCCCGCCGAAAUUGGAGGUGGAGGAUCAUUUAUGGCUCUAGUUAAAUCUGUUAUGAAUUUUUGAGCUGGAAAAUUGGUUAUCUGUAUCGUUUUUGGCUGUGUAUUUCAUCUCAUGUUGAUUUCGGAUAGGAUAGAUUUUUCUGUGGAUGCGAUGCAUGGAUUAUUGGCUACGGUAAUUACUGCUGCCAUUUUUGGCGUUAUUGGAGCCGGUUGUAUUGCUGUACCAAGCACUAAUUGCUACGUCUUCGACAAUACCAGCCAUAUCUAUGAUUUUAGCAGUUUGUUUGGACAACUUUUCGAGUAUGAUGAUGAGAAGGAUCCUAGUUUGGUAGUACGAUUUUGUAAAGAUAUCGAGACUAGACCCCAAACGGGAUAUGUAGAUUAUGGAAGAUAUGACAGUCUCAAUUAUUUCAUUGCCAGUGCUGGUACUGGUAACUUUCUUCAGGAAUACUUUAAUGGUGACAUAAAGAACUGUGAGACAACUUAUGAUAAACUGGGACGCACGGGUCAGGUAAAUAUAAUAUGUGGAAGUUGUCCUAAUGGACGGUGUGUAGGUGGACUUGGGUGCAUUUGCAGUGUAACAUAUGAAUCUACUUGCAGAGUACUCAUUGAUCUCGCCCUACCUUGUGUGAAGCCAGGCUUACGAGUGUUUGAAGGCUUCACAGUUGGUUUUCAUCCACGGUCAUGGGAAGUGGUCUAUAAUGGCAUGACACAAGUGGGUUAUGAAAAGGCUUAUGAUGAAUUUAGCUUCAGCACUGAGCAAAGAGAUGUAACCCUAUACCUAACAGCAGUUGCUUCAUUAUCGAGUUUAGUGCAGAAACCCGCAAUCAAGGUUUCUCCACAGGAAGGAUUGGUUGUUAAGUUGUCUGGUUCAGGAGAAAAUGGCAGCCCACCAACAACCUUGUCUCCCACAAUGAUAGCUGUGGAUUGGAGAUGUGAAAAAGCCCGAGACAAACCUUAUGAAGUUAAUAUCACAAUUCCAGUAUUGAAUUACUCUCCAGUUCAGUUUACUUUUGCAAAGUUAUGCGAUCACAUUCAGAAUGAACGUGGCGAAUCUCUGAGAGGAUGGGGUAUAUUUGGAAUAAUUUCAUGCAUAUUAAUUGUUGGUUUAACACUCUCAUGCGUUGGAGGUUUCAUCUAUAAGAUGCGAGUGCAGAACCUGCGUGGGCUCGAUGCCGUCCCCGGAAUGGCGAUAUUAUCUGCUUGUUUGGAAACUGCAAGUGGAGGCUUGGGAGGACCUAGGUAUACGCGCCCAGACGAGGACAAUGAUCCUUCCGUAAACCAAGCUACAUGGGAGGAGCAGGCAGCUUCGACUCGUCGAACUACGCCAACAAGUGAGAAAACUUACGGGUCGAUCUGAUUAUGCAUCAAGAUUUUCUUCCAUGAUUCCCACUCCAGCUUAAUAUGGAAGUAAUUAUUUAUUUCAACAACACUCCAUUUUGUUUGAGUAUGAGGUUUUUAUUUCAAGUAAAGUUAAAAGGAACUAAUCUAGUUGAAAAGAGAAUAGCAAAGGUAGAAUUGUUCAGUUUCGUUUGUACAUUUUGUUCAAGAUUUGAUUGCGUUGCUCUGGUCUUUAAUCCUUGUAAAUAUUUGUCUUAGUCCAA